UAUUUCAAAGUGAUCAUAACAGAUGAUUGAGUAAUAAAUAAAAAAAUAAAAAAGUAAAAUAUAAAGCAUAAAAACCGACAGUCAGGGGAAAAUACAGUGAGAAAUAGCAUUUAAUAACAGGGUUCUCAGAGCAUCCUUUGGUUCUCCAGGCUGUGUGUGAUCUGUAGGCAGUGAUGUCAUCACGGAGGGUUCGAGGCCUCAUUAAGAGAGCAGGACCUCACAUGAUUGGCUCCUCGUAUCUGGCUGCUGAUUGGUCGGCUGCUCUGAGAGACUUUAUGGCUCCAGCAUCAGCAGCACUUCUCUUCACUUCUCUUCAGUAGUUCCAGCGGCGCUGACUGACCUGCAGUGACUGUCCAGAGAUGAGGAGCGCCGCGUGUCUCUUCUGCUCUUCUGUGCUCUUCAUCAUCAUCUUCUGCUCUUCUGUGGAAAGCUAUCCAAGUCCACUGACAGAUUGUGAUGAUUAUGGAGGUUAUGUUCAGGGCUCGGCUCUGUUAAGCUCUCUGUGUGGUGUGCAGUGGAGGAAUCAGGAUCAGGAGCAGAUCCAGAAUGUCUUCAAGAGGUUUCUCUUCCACUACUCUAAAGCACACAACUCAGUGGGCUCAGUCGAGAGAGAGUCUCACUCGGUUCAUCCGCUCAUGCGUCUCUCGCCGAAGCUGUCUCUGCGCAGGAAGAAGCAGCAGGUGAAGAAGGUCUGUGGCUCGUCUAGAAGACGCCUUCGAGACGUGCUCUGUUCGUAUCUGGGAUUCUGAGACCAGUUCAAGCUACAAAACCAGCAGAUUUGAUUAAAACCUCUUCUGAUUAA